UUCUCCUUGAAGUGGUGUCUUCUCUCUCUCUUCCUUCACUAUUCCACUGCCAUUCAUCUUCUAAGAAACAAAGGAAUCCAUUGAUGAAGAAGAUCCCAGGCCUACAAACUCUAAUGAAGCUUACAUCAUGUGGUAUCAAGAGCAUCUUCAUCUAGAGGCAACUUAUGAAGUGUUACCUAGGCUUAAUGAAAUAAAAUUUGGCAGUGGAGUAAUUGGUGAACUUUUGUUUCUGGACUUGCCACGUGAAAUAAGACUUGAAGAGAGUGUAUAUGAGCCGCUUCAUGUUGUUCGUGAAGGUCAACUUCACAUCAUAUUCACUCAAAACUUGAAGAUCUUAUCAUGGGAGUUCUAUGCUAGAUGCCAUGAAGAACUUCUUCCUCAAAGGUUGGUUGCACCACAGGUCUACUUAGUGCUUACAUUAUUAAAAAGUUGUACAUUGGCAGGUACCUUCUUGACAUUUUUCCAUUUCUAUUGUCUGUUCAGCAAUAAAUGUGAUGAUAUUCCACUGUUUUGUUUUAUAUAUGCAUUUUAUUCAUUAUGAACUAAACUUGUGGACAAUUCUAUGAUAAUAAAUAAAGUUCCUACUUCUGCCAAUCUCAAUUUUUUGUAUUUGUUAACUAAACAAAAGGCUACAGUUUAAGAAGACUAUAUUGGACUUGCUUUGAUUGUUUGAACUUUGAAGUAGCCUGUCUAUGUUAACUAAACAAAAAUAUGACAUUUACAGGAAGGGCAGUGAGACUGAGAAGGAGCAAGGUUCUGUAAAAAAGAAAAAAAGUAGCUCAAACUUUAAAAAAAGACAUUCUACAUUGGUUCUAAGAUGACCGAUGUAGAAUGAUAAUCAUUCUAAGAUGGUCACGUGUCAAAGACCGUCUUAGAAUGUUCAACAUUCUACAUCGGUUCUGAGACGAAUGAUGUAGAAUUCUAGCCAUUCUAAGACGGUCACGUGUUAAAGAACGUCUUAGAAUGUCGAACAUUUUACAUCGAUCGUUUCAGCAUUCUAAGACGGUCGUUCUCGACCGUCGUAGAAAAGACUUCCCCUUUUUACGACGUCUCCUACGACGGCGGUCGUAAACCAAUAUAGUAUGCUUCAAAUAACCAAUGUAGAAUCCAGCUUUUCUAGUAGUAGAAAUUGGGCAUUUGCAUUGUGUAAUUACCUUGAUUAGAGAGAUUAGUUGUGCCUAAUCAAGGCCCAUCCUUCCCUUCUGAUUAGUCACAAUAUAUAUUGGUGUAGUUAGUUAGUUGGAUCGUCAGAAUCAUUUUGUACAAAUCAAAAUUUAGAAACUUCUUGUACAAGUUUUAUGAUCAAACUAUUCUCUCUUUUUCUCUCAA